AUGGCGCACAGCUGUCGGUGGCGGUUCCCUGCUCGGCCCGGAGGGAGCAGCAACUCCGGUACCGGGAGGAGAGCGGGCCGAAUCAGGGUUACUGCCUCUCUGCGGAGUGUCUCUGGAGCCCACCCCAACGCAACUGGGCUCGGACCCGGGUUUGAUGCUGCACUACAGGUCUCUUCGGUUAUCGGGAGCAACCUGCAGAAAUUUCGGGAUGUUUUGGGGGAAUCGAGCGACUCGAGCAGCGGGGAGGAAGAAGCAUUUGGAGGAUUUGGAACAGUUGUUGAGCAGAAAAGAGUACAGAGCCCUACAACAACCUCUUCAGGCCCACUCAUUCAGGAAAAGAAGCCCAGAGGCCGACCCCCACGGGCCCUGAGUUCCCAGAAAGCUGCUGCAAGUCUACCUUCCUUGUCCCCCCUUCCCUCCCCCACACAGGCAAAACCUGAGGGCCCAGAAAGGCCAGCUGAGAAGGUGAAAAGGCUGCCUGGGAGGCCACCUGGCACCGGGGAAAAGAGAAGAGGUCGACCCCCAUCAAGUAGCAAGAAAGCUUGGAGUACAGGCAGCCAUGCAGCGGGGGAGGACAGUAGGCAAGUUGGGUCUGAGUUGGGCAUGGACACAGAGGAGGACAAGGACAGAAAGGGCGCCAAGAGGACGCCACUGGGCUCUGCUCAGCCUCAUGACAGUGAGACAAAGCUUUCCAAAGGUGGGCGGGUUGAAUCCAAAGUUACCAACCUGAAGAGGCUGAGAGCAACUAAACUCGCCCCUCUCAAGUCACGGCUCAAGACUUUGCCUGGUGUACCCCGACGCAGACGUGGGCGACCACCCUCAGCUGAGCGGCUCAAAGCUGAGGCGGCAGCUGCUGCUGCUGCUGCACAGCUGUCUGCCUCCAUUGAAUGUUUAGAUGGGAAACACAAGACCUUUAGGAUCAGAGGGGGGGACAGAGGCACAGAACCACACACUCCCCAGCAACCCGUUCUGAGGAAUGUGGAUGGAGCUGAGAACCAGGACUCUUCCAAUCCACCUGCCUCCCCUCCUCCCUCCAAGCCAGGCAGGACAGUGGGACUCAGAAAAAGUCCUCGCCAUAGAAAACCUGUAAGAAUUGUCCCCCAUUCUAAACGCACUGAUGCAACCAUUGCUAAACAGCUGCUGCAGCGUGCUAAGAAAGGAGCACAGAAGCGAAUGGAGAAAGAAGCUGUAGCCAUUGGGGGUAGUGGGGCAGGAGCCAUUGAAGCUGGCAUCAGGAAGACCCAACUCAAGAACAUUAGGCAGUUCAUCAUGCCUGUGGUCAGCACUGUUUCCCUUCGCAUCAUCAAAACCCCCAAGCGCUUCAUUGAGGAUGAGGGCAGCUUUGGAACCCCGCCACCCCAUAUGAAGAUGCAACGGUUAGAAACAACCCCCUCAUCCGUCUCAACAUCUGCCCAACUCACCUCCACCACCUCCUCUUCCCCCUCUCCUGUGCUGAUCUCCUCCACACCUGCUGUUGCUAGCACUGGUACCACUGCUCCAAUUGACUCCCUUCCCCCUCCUCCACCUCCUGCCCCUGCCCCCCCUGUUCCUGCAACAGCUGCCAACCUGCUCAACAGCAACACUAACAAUGCCACCAAUGGGCGAUUUAGCAGUAGUGCCGCGUCUUGUGGCUCAAGUGCUGUGUCACAGCAUUCCUCCCAGCUCUCCUCUGCGGAGUCUUCCAGGUCCAGCAGCCCAAGCUUGGAUGACUCUUCAUGUGAUUCCCAGGGUUCUGAGGCCACACAGGCUUUGUCAGAGCCAGAGGAUCACUCUCCGUCCUCGCAAGGAGAGAGGGAGGGCAACCUGUUACACAGCUCACGGCCUCCCUCCCCUCCCUCUGAGCCUGAGCCAGAGCAUGUGUUGGCAGAGAGGAGUCGACGAGGCCGGAGAGGACAGGGGGUUGGCCGGGGAGGUCAAAGCCAGAGGGUAAGAGAGACUCUCACCACUGGGCCUAAAAAGCCUAUCAUCAGCCCACCAACAGGAGUGCUGUUGUCCUCCUCAACGCUUGUAAAUUCCCAGCAAGCUUCAUCGACAGCUUCCUCCUCUUCUUCACCUCCACCUCCUGCUCUCCUCACCCCUCCACAGCCUCCCCAGUCAGCUUCCUCCAAUACAGCUGCUAUCAGUGAACACCACCCACAGUCACCCUGGAUGUCUCAUCCCAUCCCUCCAUUCCUGUCUGGACCAUCAGUGCUGUCCAGCUUGUCAGACAAACGAAGCCGCUCAAUUCUGAGAGAGCCCACCUUCCGCUGGACCUCCCUGUCCCACCCUGAACAGCAGUACUUUUCCUCUGCCAAAUAUGCCAAGGAGGGCCUCAUCCGUAAGCCCAUAUUUGACAACUUCCGUCCUCCCCCUCUCACAGCUGAAGAUGUGGGGCUGUUGCCCCAGAGUGUUAGUGGAGCAGGGGGAGCUGCUCCAGUGGCAUUCCCUGCACCAGGCAGCGGAGCAGGGACAGGGACUCGUCUAUUUGCCCCUCUUCACCCACAUACCCACCACCCGCAUCCUUCUUCAUCCCGUUUUGAUGCACCACUCCAGAAGCGCAGUCCGUUACUCCGUGCUCCACGCUUUACACCCAGUGAGGCCCACUCUCGGAUAUUUGAGUCUGUUACCCUGCAGUCAUCCUCUGGGAGCACCCCUGGCUCUCUCUCCCCACACCAGACAUCCUCCAGCUCCAGCAGGGCGUCGCGUCGCAGGAGACGACUGGUCGCUGGAACGCUACGUGGCCAUCCACGGUCUCCUUCCCAUUCAAUGACCAGACGCAGCAGCCAAAUCGGAGGCCAGAUUUCUGUGGGGAAAGGCUCCUCUGAGAUGUCUGUGCUGACAGGCUCUGUCUCCAGUAGUAACCCUAGCUCUUUGCCAGGGGUCUCUGCAAGUCCACUAGCCACUAGUGCCUUAACUCCUGCUCAUUUCAGCUCCUUCUCCACCGUAUCGCUGGGUCUGUCCUCACAAGGGACACCUGAAAACAGGAGGGGGGCUGCUGGAAACCCUCCUCCGUUGUCAACUACAACAUCCACUUCUUCCCCACUUUUCCCUAUCUUUCCUUCCAGUGCCCAGGACACAGGGCGAGGAGCUGGGAAAGGAGGUAAAGAAAAAAGUUCAUCAGCUCCCCAGGAACCUGCUCCAAAGGAAAAGGAUAGGGAUUCUGAGAAAAACCGAGAGAAAGAGAAGGAGAAUAAGAAGGAAGGGAGAAAGGAUGGGAGGGACUCAGAAGAUGCAGUUUUAUCUCUUGCUCCAAAAAAGGCUCCAGGGAGAAAAAAAUCAACUUCGGUUGACAUGGUUUCUGACACUGCUUCCUCAGAGGUGCGUGGGGUCCAUGCCACUGUUCCCGUGUCCAUUGCUAAAGGACGUCUACCUAAGAAAGGCCGGCCCUCUGAGAAAGGAGCGGAGGUGGAGGAUGGGGAAAAGGAGAAGGAGAAACAAAGUACUCCUAGCCAGCAGGCUACAAGUCUUCAAGGGCAGCCAGGCAGACAACAGCUCCCUGUCUCCUCUCUUGGACCAGUGCUGGUACAAGCAGAGAAACAACCUGUGACUGACAAGCGGGUAGUUGGACUACUGAAGAAGGCCAAAGCCCAGCUCUUUGAGAUAAAGAAGAGUAAGCUGAAGCCUGCAGACCAGACCAAGGUCCAGGGUCAAGAAAGUGACUCUUCAGAGACCUCGGUCCGUGGUCCACGCAUCAAGCAUGUAUGUCGUCGUGCAGCUGUGGCUCUUGGCCGUAAUCGGGCAGUAUUCCCUGAUGAUAUGCCCACACUUAGUGCCUUGCCCUGGGAGGAGAGAGAGAAGAUCCUAUCGUCCAUGGGGAAUGAUGACAAGUCAUCAGUAGCAGGCUCUGAGGAGGCAGAGCCUCAAUCCCCUCCCAUAAAGCCGCGGGAGACACGGCAAAAGGCUGUUCAAGAAGUUCCUCCCAAGAAGGGGCGUCGGUCGCGACGCUGUGGCCAGUGUUCAGGAUGCCAGGUUCCAGAGGAUUGUGGUGUCUGUACUAACUGUCUCGACAAGCCUAAGUUUGGAGGACGCAACAUUAAAAAGCAAUGCUGCAAGAUGAGGAAAUGUCAAAACUUGCAGUGGAUGCCCUCAAAGAUGUUUCUUCAGAAGCAAGGCAAAGGCAAGAAGGACAAGAAAAAGAACAAGCUCACAGAGAAGAAGGAUGGUCUCAAUCCAGUUAAAGGACCAAACUCAGAGUCUGGCCCUAAACCAACUCCUGCUCCACCAAAGGAGGAGCCUCCCCGCAAGAAGAGUGAAACUCCUCCUCUAAAGCCAGGAGAUGAGAAGUCAAGACAGCAGCCAUCAUCCAAGCAAUCAUCCCCGGCCCUCACAUCUUCCCCUGCCCCUGUUGAACCCCCUCAGGCCUCCAGCACAGUCACAGCCCAGUCUCAGACUCCAGCUCUGACACCAGACCCCAAACUGCUCUCAGUCUCGAGCAGUGUCACCAGUAAGAAGGGACAAAAACCACAGCAGCCUGUACCAACAUCCUCCUCCUCGUCCUCGUCCUCUUCCACUUCAUCGUCUUCUUCAUCCUCAUCCUCUUCCUCCGCGUCAUCUUCAGCGCAGAAUUCCCCUUCUCAGUCUACACAGUCUCAUCAAGCAUCCCAACAGCAGCAGCGGCCUGUGACAAGUCAGGCACCUCUAAAAAAGGAUGCUUCACCCAAGAUUCCUCUGAGCGAGCCCAAGAAGAAGCCCCAGCAACACUCAUUGCAACAGCAACAGCAGAGCUCAGCUUCAAAUAUUUCAGAUACAGUUGAGUCAAAACAGUUGAAGAAACCAUCUUCUCGCACUGUUGCUCCAUCUCCCAAACAGAGACCAAAAGACAAGCCACUGACCACUAAACCCCCCAGCAGCAGUAAUUUAAACUGGCUGAGCACUCCCUCGACUAGGGGCCAGACAAAGUCCAGAGCGCCCUGCGACGGAGUGCAUCGUAUCAGAGUGGAUUUCAAGAGGGACCAUGAUGUGGAGAAGGUGUGGGAGGCUGGUGGCCUCAGCCUGCUCACCUCUGUGCCUGUCACACCCAGGGUGCUCUGCUUCUUGUGUGCAAGCAGUGGGAAUGUUGAGUUUGUCUUCUGUCAGGUAUGCUGCGAACCUUUCCAUCUCUUUUGCCUGGGGGAGUCAGAGCGCCCUCUCCAGGAGCAGUUUGAGAACUGGUGUUGUCGGCGAUGCCGAUUCUGCCAGGUCUGUGGGCGUCAGCACCAGAAAACUAAACAGCAGCUGCUAGAGUGCGACAAGUGCCGUAACAGCUAUCACCCGGAGUGCCUGGGUCCCAACCAUCCUACCAGACCAACCAAGAAGAAGAGAGUCUGGGUUUGCACCAAGUGUGUGCGCUGUAAGAGUUGUGGAGCCACUAAACCUGGGAAGUCCUGGGAUGCCCAGUGGUCACAUGACUUCUCCAUGUGUCAUGACUGUGCCAAACUCUUUGCUAAAGGAAACUUCUGCCCACUGUGUGAUAAGUGCUACGAUGAUGAUGAUUACGACAGCAAGAUGAUGGAGUGUGGUCGUUGCAACCAUUGGGUUCAUGCCAAGUGUGAGAAUCUGACAGAUGAAAUGUACGAGCUGCUGUCAAAGCUGCCAGAGAGUGUUGUCUACACUUGUACCAAAUGCGCUGAACGCCAUCCAGCCGAGUGGAGGACGGUGCUGGAGAGGGAGCUACAGGGCUGCAUUCGCCAUGUCCUUACGGCACUGCUCAACUCGCGCACAUCCACCCACCUGUUGCGGUACAGACAGGCGGUGAAGCCUCCGGAGCUGAACCCAGAGACAGAGGAGAGUCUUCCAUCCCGUCGUUCUCCGGAGGGCCCAGAUCCUCCAGUCCUGACAGAAGUCACCCCCACACCCCCCAGUGACUCCCCUCCAGACCUGGAGUCUGUUGAAAAAAAGAUGGAUCAAGGCCGCUACAAUUCAGUGCUGGAGUUUAGUGACGACAUCGUGCGAAUCAUUCAGACGGCUAUCAACAAUGACGGUGGCCAGCCUGAGAGCAGGAAAGCCAACAGCAUGGUCAAGUCUUUCUUUAUUCGGCAAAUGGACCGAAUCUUCCCAUGGUUCAAAGUGAAAGAGUCCAGGUUCUGGGAAAGGCAAAAAGUCUCUGCCAACAGUGGGCUCCUCCCGAAUGCUGUGCUGCCUCCAUCCCUGGAUCACAACUACGCCCAGUGGCAGGAGAGACAGGAGCUUUCCCGUGCUGAGCACCCCCACCUAAUGAAAAAGAUCAUCCCAGCUCCCCGGCCAAAGACCCCUGGUGAACCAGACUCUCCAGCCUCUCCACCUCCACUCCCUCCUUCUCUACCCCCACCGCCCCCACUCCUACCUGAUCGUGAAGACAGCCCAGAGCUCCCUCCUCCACCAGGCGUUAGCGAUAACAGGCAGUGUGUUCUGUGUCUAAAGUAUGGAGACGAGAACACUAAUGAGGGUGGCAGGUUGUUGUACAUCGGUCAGAAUGAGUGGACCCAUGUGAACUGUGCCCUGUGGUCAGCAGAGGUGUUUGAGGAUGAUGAGGGCUCACUGAAAAAUGUUCAUAUGGCUGUUCUCAGGGGAAAGCAACUGCGCUGUGAGAAGUGUCAAAAGCCAGGGGCCACAGUUGGCUGCUGCCUCACCUCUUGCACCAGUAACUACCACUUCAUGUGCGCCCGUCAGUGCCACUGCGUCUUCCUGGAGGACAAGAAAGUUUAUUGUCCAAAGCACAGGGACCUCAUCAAGGGAGAAGUGGUGUCUGGGUUUGAGGUGACCCGCAGAAUCCUGGUGGACCUGGAGGGCAUUAGUCUCAGGAGGAAGUGGCUUGCAGGGCUGGAGCCUGAAAAUGUCCACAUGAUGAUAGGCUCCAUGACCAUUGAUUGUUUGGGGAUACUCACUGAACUCUCAGACUGUAAACGCAAACUUUUCCCUGUGGGAUACCAGUGUUCAAGGGUGUACUGGAGUACUUUAGAUGCUCGAAAGCGCUGUGUAUAUACCUGUAGGAUCCUAGUUUGUCACCCUCCAGUUGUAGAGUCUGACCUGAAGAACAUGAUUGCUUCUGAGGAGAAUUGUACAAUAGCACACAGCCCGCCUCCCACAGCAGACUUUCCUGAUCCAUUUGAAUCCCCAAGGCGCUCUGACACCCUUUCCCCCACCAACACCCCCAAGCUCAGGGUUUACACCAGGAACCGGCAUCCCAGCUACCCCCCUUGUCAGCGCUCACUAGGCCCCAGGCCCAUGCCCUCUCCAGGAGGUACCUCUCAGCCCCAAAGCCAUGAGAUUGUGACAGUAGGAGACACCCUGGUGAACCCCGGCAUGCGGAAUAUUGACUCACGUCGCCACAGCUCCCCUUCUCUCUCUCCUCCUCCCCACCAGCUGAACAGACCAAGAGGAAUGACCUCCCCACCUCAGCCUUUGUCACGACCCCUUACUUCACCCCCUCCCCUCAUCCCCUCGCCUGCCAGAGACCCAGAAAAGUCCAAACACCUCAGCAGAGACUCAGCAAAGAGUCCAAUCCAGAGAGACGAUGAAAGAGGUAGAAUGUUCUCCACAGACAGAAACAGACAGCAAUCAUCCAGAGACCAAGGACUAAGAGAUCCUGACAAGGGGAGAGCGUCAAGCCGAGACCAAGCUUCGAAGGAUUCUGAGAAGAACAGAUCGUCCAGAGAGCUUGGGCAGAAAGACUCUGAGAAGGGUGAACACCUACCCAAAGAGCCAGAAAAGAGGAGACCAGUGAGUAAAGACUCAGGUCUGAAAGAAUCUGAGAGGGGAAGGCCUCUCAGUAGAGAUCCCUUAAGAGAUUCAGAAAAGGGGAGACAAAUAAACAGAGACACUGAGAAAGGGAGACAGGCAAGCAGGGAGUCAAGCAAUAGAGAGACGGAUAAGAGCAAAUCGUCCUCUAGAGAUUCCAGCUAUAAGGAUAUGGAAAAAGCUAAGUCACUUAGUAGAGAUACAGGCUUUAGGGACUCUGAGAAGCAUAGACAGUACAGCAGGGAAACAGGAAAAGACUCAGGCCAAGGUAAAGACAGACCAUCAAGCAGAGACUCUGACAAGAGUAGACCUCCCUCUAGAGAUUCCAGUUAUAGAAGCACAGAGAGAAACAAAGAAUCUGGCUCAGGGAAAGAUGGUAACCCUGGCAGUCAGUCCAAACAAGCUGGAGGUGAGAGUAAGAACCCUAGACUGGCACCUGCAGGUUCAGGCCAGUCCUCCCCUCCUGUGGGCACAGCUGUUCUCACAGGUCAGCAGAGAGGUAGCAAUAGCAAGCAGACAGACAAACAAGGGAAACACGGAGGCAAAGACCAGGAUAUUUCUGCAAACCUCAGUUUGUUGCCUCGUCACCGGUCCACCUCCACCUCCAACAUCAUCCAGUCAAAGGACAAGCCCAGCUCAGGGAAGGAGAGUAGUAGUGGCACUGGAAAUAUAAUGCCAGCUUCACACCAUAAAGAUUCUGUUGUUGGGAAAUCCAGCUCCCCACAGCCUUCAUUUCAGAAGUCCAAUGCACGGAAAUCAAACGAUUACUCAUCAGGUUCAGUCGCAGCAACAGCUAUGAAGCCUCUGUGGCCGUCAAGGACACCAGCAGAAGAUGACGUUGUUAAGCGAGGUUCCAUGCACCUGGCCUCCCCAGCUGCUGCCUCAGCUGCCAAAGACAAACACCCCAAAGUUAAGACGGCUGGCAGCAGAGAGGUGUCCAAAGACCGUGAAAAAGAGAAGACUCUCCAAAACAGCAACAGCAGCAACAAAAUUCCUCUUCUCAACAAUAAUACUAAAGCCACUGGCAGCUCCAACACACAUGCUACGAACCCCAGCUCCCACAACAGCAGCAACAGCAAAGCCCCAGUGCUUGGAAACAGCACCAAAGCCCAUGGGAAAGCUCAAGGGGAGAAGCAUGAGAACCAGGGAGGAGAAAGACCAUCCUCAAAGAGCAGAGAAAAUUACUCCUGUCCUGAGAAGAAGAACAGCUCCAGCCUGGACAAUUUACAACAGCUGCAACAAGUUGGUUUAGCUCCAGAGAAAGGAGCGAAGACCUCUUCCCAGUCUCACUCCAAGCAAACAACUAACCAGCUGUCGUUGUCCUCUCGAGAGAAAAAGCGAUCAGUUAAACCCCCCACUGUAACUCCAGUAAAGAGUGAUAUCAAGACUGACCCUAAUGGGACUAGCACUGUUAGUGGUAUUUCUUCUUCUUCCUGUCCCACGACCGCUACCUCCACUGUUUCUCCUGCCGGCCAGGGGACCCGUCGCUCUGCCCGCUCCGCUCUUUUCUCCUCACCCUCUGCUAGCAGCAGUGACAGCUCUGAAUCUGACACCCAGACUCAGACAGAGGAUGACGAUCUGCACAAAGAGCACUCACGCAGUGAGCUCCGAGACCACCACAGCCUCCUCACUCAAGGCCCUGAGGAUGAGGGUGAUGGCCCAGAAGAUGACCAUGACAGGGGUAUGGAUGAUAAACAUCAUGAGGAUGACAGUGACGGAUCAGGGUCAGCCAAGCGGCGUUACCCUCGACGCAGUGCCCGUGCACGCUCCAACAUGUUUUUUGGCCUCACACCUUUCUAUGGGGUCCGCUCGUACGGCGAAGAGGACCUUGCUUUCUACAGCAGCGGGGAUGGAGCCGGGGCUGUGGUAAAGAGGAGGGCUGGUGGCCGAAAGAAGUCAGCCGAGGGGCAAGUGGAUGGAGCAGAUGAUAUGAGCACCUCCUCUUCAUCAGGGGACAGUGGAGAGGAUGAAGACGGUGGAAUGAAACAGAGGAGUAAAGACCCUUAUUACUACAACUUCACCCGAACAAUAAUUAACCCUGGUGAGGGCCUACCGUCUAUAGAAGGGAUAGAUCAGUGUCUCGGAAGGGGCUCCCAGCUUCAGCGCUUUCUAAAAGAUGAAGAGCAGCAACAACAGAGGGCUCAAGGAAAAGCUGAGGAGGACAUGCUGAGUGCUUUGACCCUAGGUAAGCAGCGCAUUGGGCAGCUCGAUGGCGUUGAUGAUGGCUCCGAGAGCGAUACCAGCAUCUGCACCACCAGCACCACAACCACUACGGCCACCUCAUCUUCCACCCCACAUAAGAGCACUCCUAAGAGAAGGGGCAGAGAAAGGCAUACUGAGAAACCUGACUCUCAUGACUCGAGCAAGGACACUGACAGCAGUGGAGGAGCAGUAAGUGGCAACACGCGAGAAGGAAGAAAGAACCAGAAAGAAAAUUGUCUUCCUCUAGGAGUCGGAGUGAAGUCCCAGCCGCAGAGUCAGGGUCAGGAUCCUCUCGAGUUGGGUCUCAGCACAGACCUGCUUAAAUCAGACUCUGACAACAACAAUAGUGAUGACUGUGGGAACAUUUUGCCAUCAGACAUCAUGGAGUUUGUUCUGAACACACCUUCCAUGUCAAUGCAAGCUCUGGGUCAGCAGUCUGAGCCAUCCUCCUCAGAGCUGCUUCUGGAUGAGGGUUAUGUUGGUGUGGAUGUCAACCGGCGCAAAGACAUUCUGUUUGAUGACUUUUCCCAGCCACUGCCCAGUGCUGAGAGUGGAGGUGUAGUAGAGAGUGGUGUGAACAGCUCCAUAUCUGUAGAGGAGCCAUAUCUUCCACUGGAGCUGCCCUCUGACCUCUCUGUCCUGACCACACGCAGCCCGACUGUCAGCACCAGUCAGAACCACACUGCAGGAAGUCUCAUCUCAGAUACCUCAGACCGUACCAUGCUCGGCUUGACCUCUGACCCAGAGACCAUCAGUGGAGAAAAGAGUGGGGAUAAGAAAAGAGCAGGGCCAGGUGUGUCACCAUCAGAGAAUCAGCACGAUGCUACAACUUUGGGAAGCAGGGAAACACAGGUCACCGAAGGUCACAUGACUCCUGAGCAGUUUAUUCCCAGCCCUGCUCUUGGUCAGGUGGUUGAUCCUCCAGGUAACCAGGACGUUCCAAGGAGUUCUGGUACUCCUGGUUUGCCAAGUUCUCCCUCCCUGCCUCUUCAGGGUCAGAAGUACCUUCCAGCAGCAGCUGCAGCCGCAGGCAGCCCUAGUCCAGUCUCUGGACCAGGACCAUCCCAGACUCAGGUUUCCAGCCCAGCAGUCAUCAAACCAGGCCCUGACAAGCUCAUUGUGGUCAAUCAACAGUUCCAGCCCCUGUAUGUCCUUCAGACUGUCCCUAAUGGUGUCACCCAAAAAAUUAGUGCCACAGGAGUUAUGGACACUAGCUCUCCUGCGGUGCUGAGCUCUAUGACACUUACCACGGGGUUGAAUACUGGUUUAUCCCCAACUCAGCCAAUAUUUCCAGCUGGUGGUAAAGUCCUGGGCACCAUGCCUCACCCCUCUCACAUUCACACCUUUACGGGAGCCACACAGACGGGCUUCCAAACUGGAAUCCCCAGCACCACUUCAGGGCUUCUCAUUGGGUUGCCCUCUCAGCCCCAUGACCAGUCCCAGAUUCUGGUCUCAGAAGCUGGUCGACCACACGAGUUGGGUCCCAGUGUUGCCAUAGUGUCCAGCCCCUCCUCCCUCUCCUCUUCCCCAACUGUACUGGCCUCUGCUCAUGGCAGGAAAAGACCUAUCUCCCGUCUUCAGCCAAGAAAAAGCAAAAAAUUGGCCCGCUCCCGUAGCCAGCCUACCCUUGCCCCGUCUGAGGUGGGACCUCCUAACAUGACCCUCAUCAACCUGUCUUCCCCUCAGAUUACUGCUAGCAUCCCUGGCCAACCUGGUGGCCUGGUUGAGCUAAGCACCCUCUCCACCUCUCAGCGCAAGGUCCCAAAUAUUAUCAAAAGACCAAAAUCAGGUGGGGUUAUGUACUUGGAUCCCACUACUCUCCUUCAGCAAAGAAUUCCUGGUCCUGCUCAGCCUGGUAUCCUGGGUCACGAUUCCUCUACCCAUCUCCUGCCUUGCACAGUCUCUGGCCUCAACCCCAGUCAGUCAGUGUUAAAUGUUGUGUCUGUGCCCCCUAGUGGUGCUACUGGCCUUCUUGCACCAGGAUCAGUCUCCCUCUCCACCCCUGUACUCAGCUCUACUGAGAUUACUGGGCCAAUUAGCAACCUCCUGUUUAAGGCUAGUCCUCAUGGCUUGGGCCUAUCAGAUCAGCCAAUGGUCCUUCAAUCAGCAGGAGGAGCUCCUCUGAUGUCACAGCUUAGCUCCACUGUGCAGACAUCUAUAGCCAGCAGCAUCUGUGUCCUGCCCUCCCAACAGACCAUCAGCAUGGCUGUCAGCCAGCAAGGGGAGACAGAAGGCAGUAAUGUCCAGUUACAGCAUCAGUCUCAGCCUUUUAACAGAGCCCAGGCUGUGGACUCCUGUCCAAACACCACAGUUACUUUAGCACCCGGCCCAGCCACCCCUCUAAGCCCUGCCAAGGGGCGGGUUGUCGGAGUGUUCACGCAAACACCAACUUCUGCACACUCCCAGAGCAGCAGAACAACUCCUAUUUCCAGAUCAUCAGAACAAAGGCCUCCUAACUCCACCACAGUAGUGUCAGCAGCCGUUGUAGGUUCAGCAGCAGAAAAGGGCAAACAGAAGGCCAAGAGGAGCAGGCAGAAUCCAGACGUGACUAGUGGGAAGAAGCUCAAGUCCUUUCAGACAGAGGAGCAUCAUAGUAACCCUGCAGGACGACUUCCUUCAAACCCUAGUUCCAAAGAGCUGAUCUCCCCUGAACCCAUGGACACUGGCAAGCCCCCAGAUAAGGCAACCAACAAGAGUGUGCUUGGUAAAAAGAAAACAUCUGAAGGUCCCGUUCUACCGGGUAAAGCAGUGGGAAAAGACAAACCAUCUGCAGCUGGAGGAGCAGGGUCUCUUCCUGUGGCUUCACCACCCGACCAGGACGGCAACAGCAGGGAUACCGGCUUGGAUAGCAAACCCAAGAAGGGCAUCAUCUUUGAAAUCUGCAGUGAGGACGGUUUCCACAUCCGCUGUGAGAGUAUUGAAGAGGCUUGGAAAUCCCUGACUGAUAAGGUGCAAGAGGCUCGCUCCAAUGCACGACUCAAAGAACUCUCUUUUGAAGGUGUGAACGGACUGAAGAUGCUGGGAGUGGUCCAUGAAGCAGUGGUCUUCCUGCUGGAGCAGCUGUAUGGCUCCAGACACUGUCGGAGCUACCGUUUCCGCUUCCACAAACCGGAGGAAACCGAUGAACCUCCCAUCAACCCCCACGGCUCAGCUCGCGCAGAGAUCCACCACAGGAGGUCUGUAUUUGACAUGUUCAACUUCUUGGCCUCAAAACACCGCCAGCCCCCUGAGUACAGGCCGCCGGAAGACGAUGAUGAGGAAGGACAGCUCAGGACUGCCAGGCGUGCCUCCAUGGAGCUGCCACUCGCUGUGAAAUUCAAGCAGCUCAAGGCCACCUCAAAGGAGACUGUUGGAGUCUACAGGUCUCCCAUUCAUGGCCGAGGUCUAUUCUGCAAGAAAACCAUUGAUGCUGGGGAGAUGGUCAUUGAAUACUCUGGAAACGUCAUUCGGUCUGUGCUCACUGACAAACGGGAGAAAUACUAUGAUGGAAAGGGCAUUGGCUGUUACAUGUUUCGCAUUGAUGACUACGAGGUGGUAGAUGCCACAGUGCAUGGCAACGCCGCCCGUUUCAUCAACCACUCCUGUGAGCCCAACUGCUACUCUCGGGUCAUUAUCGUGGACGGCCAGAAGCACAUUGUCAUCUUUGCGUCUCGCCGUAUCUUCUGUGGUGAGGAGCUCACCUACGACUACAAGUUCCCUAUUGAGGAUGCCAGCAACAAGCUGCCCUGCAACUGCGGUGCAAAGAAGUGUCGCAAGUUCCUCAACUGAUACCUGUGUGGAAACUAUUUAAAGAGGACUGCAGGUCUGUUGAGUAGAAGUGCCACGAUGUCCUGAGGACGCCCCUGCUGGGGGUUUGCCGUGGCACUGGCUUUAUGCCGACUUUCUAGGUCCACGUAGGACCACAGCUGCAACAGGGCCCGAGCUCUGUCGGUGUCUCUGCCGCUGGUGUUGGCAGAACACAGCAGAAACAGCAGUUGUGUGUCGUACUGUAUAUGCAGGAAAGGCCGUUUUGGUGGAGGGGCCAAUUGUAGAAAUUCCAACAUAUUGUGCCUCCUUUUGUCUCAUUUACAUUUGGCAUGGGAAGUUUCACCUUCAGAGGUGAGUUAUGAAACGGUUUGAGCCUUCACAACAUUACAAUAUUAACUUUUAUUUACAUUUGGAUGAAAAAGUUACCCCUUCAUUUUAUUUAUUUAUUUUUUUUUUACUUUAGCCCAUCCUCCUUAAUUUUCUAGAGUUAUGGUCCACUAAUGCUGAGAUUUGAACAUAGACGAAAAAAAAGUCAAAGAACUUGGUUCCAUUUUACACCAAAGUGCAAUUUGUUGAAGGGACUUGGAACAGUAAUUUUACUAGAAUGAAAAAUUAGAAAUUUGUUAGAAGUUAUUAUUUUAUUUUAUUUUAUUUUGUAUUUUUAUUUAUUUUUUUGUUUGUUUUUUUUUUUUUUAAUCUCAGUGUCAGCUGUUAUUGAUGCACAUCUCCCUGUCCGAAUGUGCCCUGAUGCCUUCAGAGCCAUUGUGAUUUACUGGAACCUUCCCCUAACUGGGCUUUUUUAAAAAGCGUGUAGGUGUGUACAUUCGACACUGUAAAUAGGAGCUGCUUGUGUUUAGCAGCCUGAUGAGAGCUGUACAGGUGGAAACACUAGGGGGAGCAGUGACCACAGGAAGGAAGAGAGAAAAAAGAAACGGGGGGGGCAGAAAUGUAGAUUUGUUUAAAAAACAAAAGGUUAUUUUUGGUCGUUCGUGUAAAGGCUGAUAGCUGAGGUUGAUAUCAUCCUUUGUACUUUAAUUAACGUUUAGUCUGACAGCUUGGUAGCUAUGUAGACAUGUCGUUGAUGGGAUUAAGCCUCUGGCCUGAGAGAGAGAGGCAGCUAGAGAUUCUGGUGGACUGACAGCCAAGGGACUGGAAAACCCUACUGAUGUGCUUUAGUAGACAUAUUUAUAAUUGAAUUUUGGAGCUGUGAUGUACAAACAGCCAUGGAUCUUACAGAAACAUACAGACAGACGUGUUGCAAGUUUGUGCAUGCUGUUGUUGAUAUCAGAGUUGUUUUCGGUAAUUAUAUAAGCUCAGACUUUUGAAUCACGUUCCAAAUUACAGCAGCAAAGAGAACCAAACGUCACACCCUUGAAUUGAAUUUUCAGAUCGCUUGUUUUCUUCUUGGCCUGUUGUGAUAACAAUUACUAUGAAAAAUGUUUUUUAUUUGUAUUAAGUCUUUUAAAGUCUUGUCUGUUAUCUGUCUUUUUAUUAUGGACAGGGAAAUAUCAUGCUUGCUUUUAAAAAAACAAAUGUAAAUAAUGUAUAUUUUUCUACAAAAAGACUUAAAAAGCACUCACUAGUGAAUAGCACUUAAUGAUGGUAUUUAUAUUUUUAAAAAAUCGUAUUUAUUUUAUUGCCAUUUUUGUAGGAAAUAGAGGUUUACAAACACUAAUGCUUGGUCUCUAUGUUUUGUAUUCCGCUGCCUUUUCAAAGUUGUUUUUGUCGUAAUUUUAUUUCUCUUUUUUAAUUUGUAGCCUGAAUGUUUUCUUUGAUUCCAAAGACUGACGCUGGUCUGUGGCUUGGUCCCCUUUUAGUUCAGUCCACCAGUAGCUCUUUAUCUAUCCCGGGCCGUUGGGUCAGAGCUGACGUUUUUUUUUUUCUUUUCUCAUUGUUCCAGUUCUAGCUGGCAGUGUGGCAGUCAUGUGAACUAAUAAUAUGCACUUGAGAGAGUUUAGAUUGUUGUUCCAUAGCAGAUAUCUACUCUCUCCAGCCUUAUUGUCUCCACGCCACAUCACACCAAGAAUCAAGUCCACUUACAUUCUGCUACCAGGCAGUCCUUAUCAAAAUGAUUCGGGUUUUCUUGUCGCUAAUAAACCAUGGGUCGACAGAGUUGCGGCCGAUUGGCCAUAUACAGACUAUUCACGUUUAAAAUAUAACCAGUCCUGUCAGUUUAAAGCGCUGUGUCCCUCUGCAGUCUAUAAUAAAGAGGUGCCUUUAUUUUAAGAUACCAACAGCAUUCGACAUAUCUCCGUUGAUUCAAUCCGUUUAUUUAAAAAAAAAAAAAAACACUUUGUUUUGGUGACCACUCAUCAGUGCUCACCAGCAUUUGGAAAUUACUUUUUAUUCUUUUGUGCAGUCUCCUCGUGGUUUGCCUUAGUUGUAAUGCCUCUUCUCUCUCACAAGCCUUCAUGUCCUGGACCGAAUAUUUAACUAAGACUGUUUAGACUGACUGGUUCUGAAGCCACUUACUUUGUUUUUGUCCCUUAAUUGAUUUAUUGUUGUCCGCCGUUCAUGCUGACUUCGUUAUCACCUAAAGGCCGUUAGCAGUUUCUCCCACACUGCCCUUUGUUGUUGUGAACUGAAAAAAAAAAAAAGUGACCCACACAUGGUUUGCACUUUAGCUGUGACACAGGCACUGAAUAGACAUAGGAAAACUCAGCUCUUUUCUCCAGACAGACAAUGCAACUCCAAUGCUGAAACCACAAGCACAGAUAGUCACUGAGGAUACUUUGAGUUUGUGCAUUAGGCCCUGAGUUCAGUCAACCUAGAACUGGUCUUGAUGACUCUUGAAAGUCGUGUUUUGAGGCCCUAGCAAAGUGCACUUGACUCUUUUUCUGCAACAAAGUGAAGGCAGGGACCACGCCAGCAGCCCUUUCCUUCCUGAAGGUGCAGACUGUACAAACCUCGGCUGUGCUUUUCCAUACAGGGCCCGAGAUCAGGUCUUGUCAGGUCUUGAAGCCCCAUCCACCCUGACUGACAUGCCAGCCUUGUGGCUGUACAGCUGCACUCGCACUGGGCUUGCUGGGUUCUGCUGCUAAGGUCAGCAAUGAAUGUAUAUUCCUCCUCCACAUCACCAGACUUGUGAUGAUGUCGAAUCUUUGUCAGCUACAUUUGUUUUCAGUUCGUCAACAACCCUGGUAGAUAUGGACGAUGUGUAGAUAUGACCUCAAGCUGGGCGGCAGCAGCAGUUUCAUUUCAGCACUGGGAAUAAUACUGACGUGUGAACAGCAGUGGUGUUUCUGUCUGUAGGACAACAGGUUCUUAACUGGGUUAGCUCAACAGUUCACGUUAGCAUCGGUGAUAACACGUUAACUGAUGCCAAGGGCUCUGUCUAUGACUCUUACUUCUUGAGAUCCACUUCUGCAUUUUCAGGGUCAGAGGGUGAACAAGAAGUCAUUUAGUUCUGGGUUUUAAAUAACAUAUACAAUAAGGAAAUGGUCUCUGUUGUUUCUUUGGACUUCAUUUUACCAUGCCACACCAGUGGCCCUUCUCCGUCACUAUCUGUAAUUAUAGUAUAAAUACAUAACAAUAUUAUACGGAAACAUGCAUAGUAAUUUCUUGUACUUUAGUAUCUAUACAAUAUAUGGAAUGGACAGACAAACUUAGUUACAGUAGCAAAACAGCAGAUUUAUAAUGGUUAAUAGCAAUGUUUCAAUGUACUCUAUAAUGGUUUUGUGUUACAGUACUAUCAGAUGAAACUAACGUGCAUCAUUCUUUUGUAUAUCGAUAUCCAGUACCAAUUUUGCUGUGCCUGUGAGUGUUCCUUCGCCCGCAAGGAACAUUGCAGUGUUUCUUUUUAUUUACUUUCUGGAAAGGAAACGGUUUUUAUGUGAUGAGAAAUGUAACUGUGUUAAUGUGGUUGUGAACUUCUUGAGGUCAGCCAUUUUGGUUUUUUGGAUUUUUUGUCUUUUUUUUUUUGGUUCUUGUUUUUUUUUUUUUUUUUUCCCCUGGUUGUUGUAGUGAAUGUUUUUCUGUUUUUUUUUCUUUGUAUGUUUUAACAGGGACUUUUUAGACGGCUUACUUGAUGUGGUAUAAAUUAAGAGUUUGGUUUGUGGAGACUGAUCAGAAGUUUUAAAGAUCGCGCCAAAAUGGUGUUUUUCAUUUUGGAAACCUCUCAUGUCUCCCUGACCACCUCUCUCUCCUCCGAAGCUUUGGUUGUACUUAUCAUGUACUGUUUUUAUAGAAAGUCAUAAUGCUGAAAUAAUGCUGAUGUUGAAAACAUUUAAUUUAUUUAUUUUGUGCAACAUCCACCCUGAAUUGUUCUUUUACAAGUCAAGGUCUGGGAGAGGUCGGACAAGUACUUAACAUGUAUUUGUAAUUUUCUACUUGUUUCUUGUGUAUAGAUGUUGUCAGCCUAGGAUGGGAUGUGGUGUCACGGAGGGAGCGGACAUAGGAUGUGCUAACAGAGGGAUCAUGGAUCAUGAACAGGCUUGUUUUCUUAUGCCUUGAAUAUACCUUUGUCUUAUCAAUAUUCCUCUCUGCUCUCUGUAAUAACGGUUUUCAUGAGUUCAACAGUCAUAUUUUCUCCCGUUUUAACAGUGUUCUUUCAAUACACAUCAACGAAAUGAAGGAAAACCACCACAGUGAAAAUAAACCACAAACUACUUGGUUGAAUGUAUAAUUAGGAAACAAAGUUGUAUAUAAGUGUAAAAAGAAAAGUUUCUAAUCAUGUUUAUUUUCUAUGCACUUUUUUAUUUAAGUGAUAGUUUAAAUAAUAAACAUGUCUCCUUUA